GGCGAGACGCCCCCUUUUUCGCCUCAUAAGUAGGCCUCGCCCGUGCAGGUAACACACACACACACCAGAGCAUCUUGCAAGCGAAAGACACAGAAUUGCAGAACCAAAAAUCGAGUGCACCAUGCGUUUGGAAACACCGCUCAUCCUCUUGAUCUUCUCUUGCCUGAGUCUGGCGAUGGCACAAGUGUCCUACGACGACUGCUGCCUGACGUACGUGAAAGAGCUCACUAAAAGGAUUCGGGAGCGUGCGGUCAAGUACAGAAUUCAGGAGACGGAUGGAGGCUGCAACAUCCCCGCUGUCAUCUUCACCAUGCGGAAAGGCCGCAUGUACUGCUGUGACCCGCAAGAGACGUGGGUGCAGGAGCUUAUGUCCAGCAUCGACGAGAAGGCCGUCAAACACAUCAAGAAGACCUCCCCAAAGCACCAGAAACGUCGUCUGUUAGGCUGAGGGAAGCCUCACCCACUUGGAGAAAAGGACACCCACAUUCUUACUUUGAGUUCCUCUGACUUUUUGUUUUUUGUGUGUGUGCUUUUGCUGGACUUUUUUAUUAUGAUGCCGCGUUACCAUUAGAUGACGAAACAGUGUUUAUGUGAAAAUGGAAACCAUAAAAUGUGAAUCCAAAUGUGUGCGCCACGAGCCCUUGCAAAAGCAUUUAUGACAAUAAACCUGCCUAGCAACAAAAA